AUGUCUGGGGCCAUCAAUUAUCCCGCUGCUUCUCCCGAACAUCGUCGCUCCGCCUUACAUCACUGCCUGCUUCUUCCUAUUUGCGCUCUGAGAGUCGAGGAGGUCCUCAUAUCACUAUCCCAAUAUCGUUCAGCCGACAAGAUUGUGAAGGUGCCGGAGAUGGCUGAAUCAAUAUCAGAAGGCACACUGAAGCAAUGGCAAAAAAAAAUUGGUGAUUACGUUGAGCAGGAUGAAGAGAUCGCUAGUAUUGAGACCGACAAGAUAGAUGUCGCUGUCAACGCACCCGAACCCGGCACAAUUAAAGAGUAUCUUGCAAAAGAGGAAGAUACGGUAACGGUAGGACAGGAUCUCGUCAAGCUUGAGCUUGGUGGGCCUCCUGAAGGUGGUCAGAAACAGCAAGCCUCCUCUGAACCCAAAGCCCCGGCACCAGAUGACCAGUCCACGUCCUCAGAUCCCAACCCUCAGCCCGGUAAGGAGAGGUCAACUCAGAAAUCAGAGAAGGAGUCACCCUCACCGCCGCCGCCGCAAUCCAAAGAACCUAAGAUCUCAGACCAGCCUCAAAAAGAGGAUGCUUUAGCAUCCUCAAGUGGGAAAGAACCUCCGGCAAAAAGCCGCGAGUCACAAAAGCGGGAUCCAAAGCCCGAAAGCAGCUUGCCAGCAGGCGGACGUGGUGAGCGACGAAAACGUCUUCUCAAAAAACAUCAGGUGAAAAUGAACCGGAUGCGUCUGCGCAUCGCAGAACGGCUCAAGCAGUCUCAAAACACUGCUGCAUCCUUGACAACUUUCAAUGAAGUGGACAUGUCCCAGUUAAUGGAAUUCCGGAAACUUUACAAAGACGAGGUACUUAAGAAAUCAGGUAUCAAGCUUGGCUUUAUGAGCGCAUUCUCACGGGCUGCUGUGCUCGCCAUGCGAGAUGUUCCCGCGGUGAAUGCAUCUAUUGAAGGGGCCGGUUCUGGCGACACAGUUGUAUAUCGCGAUUAUGUCGACAUCAGCGUUGCUGUAGCCACCGAAAAAGGCCUGGUAACCCCAGUCGUUCGCAAUGCUGAAGCUAUGGACAUGAUCACAAUCGAGAAAUCAAUCGCCGACCUUGGGAAGAAGGUGAAGCUGAUGAGGCCGCAGGAGGCGCGUGAAAACAAAUUAACCAUCGAGGACAUGGCCGGUGGUACCUUCACCAUUAGUAACGAGAAACCAGUGGCAAUCAAUGGCAAAGUCGAGAUUCGUCCGAUGAUGUAUUUAGCGCUAACGUAUGACCACCGCAUGUUGGAUGGGCGAGAGGCGGUGGUCUUUCUUGUGAAGCUCAAGGAAUAUAUCGAAGAUCCGCGCAAGAUGCUGCUUGGGUGA